GGGCCCGUACUCAUAGCUUGUCAAUUUUAACAUUUGGUCACGUGAGCAGCGCCUCCCUGCUAAGGAAGGGGAAAGCUUUCCACGUCAGCUUUACGUCUCUCAAUUUCUUACUUCACGGCUCAGCUUCCAAGAGACAGCUGCAUUAGAGCGUCAUGUUAAGCUCGGCUAAUACGGAGAACCCGAGGUAGCCAGCCACGUUAUGGAUUUGGACGAGCGAGUACCCUGCUCCUCGAAUAUGUAUUUGCCCAGUUGUACUUACUACGUUUCCGGCCCGGACUUCUCCGGCCUCCCUCCCUUCCUGCCCCAGAGUCCGUCUUCUCGCCCAGUGCCCUACUCCUAUCCGUCCAACCUGUCCCAGGUGCCACCCGUGAGAGAAGUGACCUUCCGGGACUAUGGCCUGGAGCCGGCCAGUAAGUGGCAUCCCCGCAACAGCCUCCCCCACUGCUACUCCGCCGACGAGCUCAGGCACCGGGACUGCCUCCCGCCCGCCGUGGCCGCUGCUGCCGCCGCCGCCGCCGCCGCCGCCAGCCGGGGCGAAAUGUUCGGGAAGACCGCGGCCGGCAGCGGCUACCACCACCCAGCCACCUCCGCAGUCUCCGCCGCGGCUGCGGCCUCGUCCAGUUUCUAUAGCACGGUGGGCAGGAACGGAGUGCUGCCCCAGGCUUUCGACCAGUUUUUCGAGACCGCGUACGGCCCGGCGGAGAACCACUCGGACUACGCGGGCGACAAGGGCACCGCCGGGGAGAAGAUGCCGCCCGCAGGAGCUCCCGCCGCCUCGGGAGUUGCUGCAGCUGCGGUGUCGAGUUCAGAGGCUGCCUGCGACCGGGAGGCGGCGGGGGAAAAGGAGAGGCGGAGAAGGGCCGAGAGCAGCAGCAGCCCCGCUUCGUCUUCCGGCAACAACGAAGAGAAAUCCAGCAGCUCCAGUGGACAACGCAUCCGUAAAAAGAGAUGUCCGUACACCAAAUACCAGAUUAGAGAAUUAGAGAGGGAAUUCUUCUUCAGUGUCUAUAUAAACAAAGAGAAACGUCUUCAGCUCUCACGAAUGCUCAACUUGACCGACCGUCAAGUAAAAAUAUGGUUCCAAAACAGAAGAAUGAAAGAGAAAAAAAUUAAUAGGGACCGACUGCAGUAUUAUUCAGCUAAUCCAAUACUUUAAGCCUAAAACUUGUAGUGUUUUUCUAUACGAGAUUAAAUUCAGAUGUCAGUCUUGAUAAGGUCAAGCCACAGGGUUACCAGGAAGGAGGAGAUGUGCAGAGGCUGCAAGGACUCUGAAAAACUAAGAUGUUUUUUUGCCCUACCUCCAACAUUGACCAAUUGUUGUUGUUGUUGUUUUUUGUUGUGGCUGGGUUUUCUUUUCAACUAUUUUUCUUCAUCUUUACACAUCAAGUGGAAUCCAUUUAACUCUUGGACCACCCUUUGCAAAAGUCAUUGUAUCUCUACAACUUCUUCCAAUUGGUGUGCGCACAUGUGAAAAGCCGGGAGCGAAUUCCUGGCUUCACGGUGUGGUUGUGGAUUGAAAAUUAUGUUACCUUAAUUGAAAGGUCCAUGGGAAAACUAUGUUACCUCCCAUGGAAGGUCCAUGGGAAGACUCCUCAGGGCAUCAUACAUGCUGGAGGACAACUUCAAAAGGAAAUGUCCCAAGCACCCACCAUCUCUAUUUAGACAAUCCCUGACCAAUCUAUUUGUCUCCCUGAAAGACAAAUUAUUAUUUCUCCCCACAAUUACACUCCUGCCCCUCAGACAGAGACAAUUUCCUUUCAAAAGGACUUCAGGUAAUAAUUUGCCAUAUAUGGUAAAGAAAUAAUCACUGAGAAGACAACAGGGGUAGGCUUGUGAAAUACAAUUUUAAUGAAUAACAAUAUCAGAGACAAAUCAUUUUGCCCUUAUUUAAAUAUUAAAAGCAAACAAAAACUUUCUUAAACCUGUGUGGAAGGAGAAAAGACAAAAAACUAAAAUAAUAGUUCUAAAAUUAGAAGGUAAAAGUUUAAAAUGAGAUGGAAAAUUUUUUUACUUCUAUUUCAGAAACUUUCUUCAAGAAAUAUAUCUGGAAAAGUACAGUUUGGCAAAUAUCAAAUAUCAUCUUUAAUUGUAAUUUAGAUAUGUGUAAUGCACUGAAAUCAAAGAAUGAAAACCACUAGUGUUUCAUAAGAAGGCCCAUCAGAAAGUAAACAAUGUAAAUAGAAGGAAUUUGUUGUCAUAUCUUAUAAUUAGCCUUAUAUGUCCUACUUUGCUGUUAAGCAGCAAAAUUUAAAAAAAAAUUAAGAGUGUGUGUGUAUGUGUAUAUAUGCACACACCUACAUGUACACACACACAAAUAUAUGUAUAUGUAUAUGUAUAUAUAUAUAUUUCUCUGAAAUAACCAAAGAGGAUGUGAGGGGAAAAGAGACAUAGUAUAUAACAGAAAGAAAGCUACUUAAAGUUCUAUAUCAGUUUACAAAGGAUAUGUGUUUUAUUGUAAAGGUCACUUACUGUUGAGCAUAUCUGAAUGUAUGAUUCAUACCAUAAUGGUGUUUUAUAAGACUUAUAUGAUUUAAAAUGGUUUUAUUGCCAUUUUCCUAAUAUUUUAAGUGGGUUGUUUCACUUGGAAGCUGUCAGAUGUUUCUUUUCUUGUUUAACCUUUACACUAUCAAGGCUGUUUUUACACUACUUCCAGAAUGGAUAAAAUUUCUUUUGUGGUUAAUGAAUUGCAAUGCUU